AUGGACUUUCCUCUUGUAUCUCCAAUUUUUUUCGUCGAUAGAUGUCGCGUCGGGCUUUUCUUCAAAAAUGAACGGAGGCAGUGGAAAGCAUGUAAAGGUUCUUACGUGGCUUAUUUUUUCUACCGACUACGACUACGUUCCACCUCCACACACGUGUUUCUUUUUCGAUCGAUUCUUAUUUCCAAAACACUCGAGUAUCUUCGAAAAAAUCCAAUUAUGCCGGCUAAUCACUCAAAACGGAAACGAGCUAAUGAAGUACAUAGCAGUAAAAUAACACAACGUGGUAAUGUACCAAAAACAAACAAACCAUCGGAAUCGAAAACACCUGUAGGCCCAUGGCUUUUGGCAUUAUUUGUUUUUGUUGUUGUUGGCUCGGCUGUCUUCCAAAUCAUCCAAAGCAUUCGAAUGGCAUAA